AUGGUCUUCAUGGACCAUCGAGGCACUCUCUUCCAUGACGACUUGCAGAGCUUCGAGGAGAUGAAGCUGCUCCAAGACGGCUGCCGCGUUCUGGCGGACAACACCUUGAAGCCAGGAGCCCCACUUUUCUUGUGGCACGUCAGCAGGAGUCCGUCCUUCACCACGGACCUUGUGGUUGUGCCCGAGUUUGGCCUGGGCCACCAGGUGUUGCAGGACUGGGUGGCUGUGAGCUGCUAUGACCUGCACCAUGCUGGAAGCUCUAGCCCACCGCCACCUCACGCCAUCGCGGAGCUCUCCGAGCGAUGCGACGCCCUGAGGCGGCGGAGCCUUGCCGGAGGACUUACCUCCGAGGACUGGGCCAAGCAUGCGGAAGAGAUGGAGUCGGGCCUGAGCGCGCUGGGGAUCGAAGCCACUGUCGCGAGCGGAGAGCGUCAUCCGCAUAAGGAUUUGCUCAGUGCUCAUUUCAAGUGGCGAUGCCGAGCCUCAGCAGAACACGUAUCCAGGACAGCCUUCAAGCUCCACUACCGCCGGACCUUUCUCGACACGGAUGAAGAACCCUGGCACAGCCCCAGGCUACGCCCUGCCAGCUGCCCACCGAACAGAGCGCAAAGAGACGCCGAGGAAGAGGAGGAAUCCGAAUCCCAGAAGCACUACUUGGACAGAGUUGUGCGCGAGGCGUCCCAGUUCCUCCCUCGCUUCAGCCGUGGAAGCGUUGGCCACCCUGAAGUGUGUCGCCGGCCGUGCGUUUACUUGGCGACGGGACACUGUGCCCACCGCGAGGCUUGCUUGUACUGCCACGCCGAGCAUGACGGCCCCCGCGCUCGGCCGGACAAGAAGCAGAGAGCGCUACUGCAAGGUCUUAUGGAUCAUGAGGUCGUUGACAUUGUCCUGCCACACCUCCAGGCCCGAGCAGAGAUGCCAGAACUUCAGGGCAAAGCCUACCAGCUGCUAUUCUUGGUGGAGGGGCUGCAACCUUUGAUGAGCCCCAGCGGAAGCUCCUCAAGCCCUACAAGCUCUCCAAGCGUCAGCCCAAUGGCCGACGGCAAGCUGAAGUCCCUCAACAAAACGCUGCAGCGCAUGACGUUCUCCAGCCUCGUAACCCUGAUGUGCGAGAGUUUUGCCGAAGGCAACUUUCGAGACCAACUGCUGCAAUCGCUAGAGGAUGUUCGCGCCCAGUGCGCCAAUGCCUGA